UGACCACGUGUUUAGCAGACGACUCAGUCUUUUCACCAUUAGGCUACGGUUCGUUUUACGAUUACAUCGUGGACUAGUUUGGAAAAAUAGGAUCGGCUGGGAUGAAACAGAGCAAAAUAAAUUCCUAUUUUAGCCCAGGGGAUCUCAAGCAUGGAUCAAGUGGCAGUGCAUUGCACUUUCGACAGACGAACACUUCUGAUAAAAGGGGAUUGUUCUACAGCACUAAAGAUCCUACAGCUAUUUAUGAAGAAAUUUUGAAAAGGAAGAAACAAGAGUUCAAAUUUUCCAAAACUGAUCAUAUGGGAUUGGAAAAUGAUUUGUCUAGUCAGAAUAGUUCACAACUGCUGCUAAAUUCUCAAUUGAAUUCUCAAAAUUCUCAAUCGUUUGCUGGGAAUUCGUCGUAUUCAGACGAUGGACUUCUAUGGUACCAACAGUAUAUCAGCAAACCCCAGAAUAGUGGAAUUUAUCGAUCGCAGUCUAGAAGUUCUAGUCGUCAAUCUUACACCAGUUCCAAUACACAUAGUCAGGAUUUCAAACAAAGCAUGGAGCAUGCAAGAAGAAAGUCCAAAGAAAAGGAGGAAAAGGAUAUGCUUUCUAAUUUUCUUUCUCUGGUGAAAGAACAUUGUGAAGAAACCAAGAACACUGUGGUUUUGAACACAGGAAAAUGUGAUGCCCAAACCACCCAAGGGUUUUCAUCUUCUCUUGCUAAAAUGGAAGAAAUACUGUUGAAGCUGUCGGGUGUUGAAAAUUUAGUAAAAGGAAAGAAAGAGUUGGAAGACAAGAUCACAAGUCUAGAAACUCAGUUAGAUGAAAAGACUUCUGAAUUAGAUCGAGUAAGAGCUGAACUAGAUAAAUAUCGAAGAGAAGCAGACAAUCUGGUUAUUGAAAAGUUGACGGAAGUUUUUGAUAGAGGACAACAAAUGCAGACAGACAAGAUAGAGGAACUUGUAUCAAACACAACAAAAAUCGAAUCUCAUUUGAAAAAACCGAAACUUCAAACUGCUGACAUGUGGUGCCAAUACUCCCCUCAAUUACCAUUACUUAACCCUAAGGAGAAUCUUCGUUCAUCCAUCUCUUUUCCGACGAGUAAUGUUUCUCAAUCAAUGCUGGAAAUCAGUAAAAGCUCAGCCAAUAAUAGCAUCAAUCGUUUUGAACCGAGAGUUUCAGCGGUCGGUACAUCAAUGAGUAUAGUUCCUAUUCGUCAGGACGAUUUCCAAUGCAGUUUCAAUCCGCCUAACCAAAUUCUUCCUCUGCCACCAAGUUAUAAUGAUGUGUCUGAUUCUACUCCGUUCGUUGUACCUACAAUACUGCUCCCAAGACAUCCUAACUCAGUUUUCUCUCAUCAAAAAGCUUCUUCGGGUCAUUCGUUAGACAUGAUUCGACCAGUUGUAUCUUACCCGUCGCAUUCAUCGCUUGGUAAUAUUCCAAACACGUUACCGUCAGUACAACCAAUUACUAGCAUAUGUGGUUCUCCGUUUCAAAAUGUGGGGAAUUCAUGGAGCAAACAAAACAAAAGUUCACCAAUCGCUACAGUCAUGCCUCAGCAACAUUUAGUACCAAGAGAAUCACAGAGAAUUCCACAAAAUGAGGAACCGUUGAUACAAAGUUGGCAGGAUAUGGCACACAAUCAAUCACAAGAAUGGUUCGCCAGACCCAAUACCAGAUCUAUGAGAACAUCGAAGACACAACAACAGACUUCAACUUCUAAUACAGUGGUUACCGCUGAGCCAUAUCAGGAUGAUGCAUUAGGUAUUGAUCAAUCUACUGAUUCUGUAGUUGCAUACAAAAAGCCAAAAAUUACUAGGAGGAAACGACAGUUCUUUACUAGAAAAAAAGGAAAGCCCCAAAAAAAAUCUGCCAACACAUUGACACAACAACUGGGAAACAAUGGGGGACCACUUGAUCUUGAUGAACAUAUAAGUUGGACGGAAAACCAGGAUCCGCAAGCUGACACUGGUAAUGUCAAUUCAAUGUAUCCAUGUUUUCCAACUCAACCAAACGUCCAGUCAGCCCUUGGAGACAAAACCAAUGCUUUGGCCAAUAGCACAUGUAUUAAUGUCACGAAUAUAAAACAAGAAGAUCGAGAUAUUAUCAACAACUCAUUUCCAGUGAGAAGACAAGCUCAAUCAUCAUCAUGGAUAACGCUUUCAGAUUCUGAUGAUGAGUCUUCAGUUACUGAUGAUGAUUAUUCCUUCAGUCAAGAGAUCAAGGAAAAUCAGCCGUUCAGAAAGCCAUAUUCGUCUGCUUUUCGAGGUGCUUCGAACUUCAACAAUUGAUAAUGUCAAUUCAUACGUUUUGGUAUCUCGUUCGCAGCCUACAACCUACUUCUUUUCAGGUUCAAAUGGGAGGAGAUUCAGGUCCUUGCUGUUCUUUGUAAAAUAAACUUGUUGCGUUCAUGAAAUGUUAUGAUUAUAAAAAUGAGAUGUUUGAUUUAUUUUUCUUCCGUGGUAAAUAAAUUACGAGAAUGUGAUUAUUCACCUUUUUUUUUUCUAGUUACAUGCAAUUUUAAAAACAUGGUAUAUUAAUAAUUGGGGGCGAUAGUAAAGAUUAGCAGCGAUAGUGAGUAUCAACAACAUCAAGCGACUAUACUUGUGGAAUAUUUGAAGUCAGCAAGCCAUCUGGGUUUGAAGAGCUGAUUGUAUUUUUCACCUGAAAACAAGCCCACUAGUACCCUUAGGCGCCAUUGCUGCGAAUGAGUCGACCAUAAUGUAUUUGUUUUGGGAUAUUGUAACUAUAAUUUUAUCGGUAAAACAUGGCAAUAUUUUGCUUUCCGAUUUUUCACAACAUCCAAUGUAUCAUGGACGUGUUUUUUCACCCUCCCCUGCAUCUCUUUGUAGGUCUAUCCGUAUGAGUGUUUCCGUAAUUCUCAGUCGACAAUCUCUGAAGUAACAUAGAGCUCUGCUUUGCUGUGAACUGGACUAAAUAGUUUAAUUCAAUUAAUGGCGGUAUUUCAUAAAAUAGAAUUUACUGCAUGAAAUUGUCAACUCUUGUUAAACAAUAUGCCUAAGUCGAUCUACAGUAUAAAAAUAUCAAAAUCGUAUACUAUACACAUUGAAAAAGUAUGAAUUUUCUGCUAAAUAACUCGGGUUUUCUGUACAUUUUUCACUCGUUUGAGCAGAAAAAAGAAAUGAAUUUAUUAACUCAUUUAUGGAAAUCCUAGCUUAAUGCUUCACGAUUCAGAAAUUUUGAUCGAAUUGAAUCAAUUAGUUCGGUACUGGUGAAAUAAUGAACUAAAUGAUAGUCUUCGACUAUAGCUAAAACGGAUGUUUGGGUUUCAUUUGAUUUUUGUUAAGACAGGAUAGGCGUAAAAUACACAGACAGUGAUAAAACUGAACCGGGUAGUCUACCAAGCUGUGGAAAUUUCAAAGCAUCGUAUUUUAACAAUAUUUUUCCAACCAUCAUUAGGGGUAUCACUACAUGCUAUAGAAGUAGAGGUAAAGUUUUCAGCUGUUUUUGUUAUUUUUACGAAUAUAAUUUUGCCUAUGAUCAUUCAACUAUUCAUGAUUAUCACCUAAUACUUUACAUAUAAAAAUCUACAAAUAUAUACUGCAUGUAGGAACGGUAACAUAAAAAGACAAAUUUGAAAAAGCUUUAUAGAAAUAACGUAGUUGUCUCGUUUGGGCCUGAUUUUCUUACACAGUGACGAGCUAUAAACAAUAAAGUUCGCUUGUAUAACAUUUGUGUUGAUAAAUCACGCUAAGAGAAGGUGAUACGAAUAGGUCGACCCAUUAUUUCUCUGUGACCGACUCUAACUUCGUAAUAAAGUUACAAACUUGAUACAUUGGUUAAAAAUAUU